AUGAGACAAAGUUGGUUCACUCAAGUUUCCGUUCGCGCCAACUCAUUUUCCGCGGCGCGAAGACUGGCGCGAACGGUAACUCCAAACUUCUGCGGAUACCCGAAUGGAAUUCCAAUACGUCAUAUUCCUAGUAUUUGGAUUUUGGUGUGGCUACAGCGCGCCAGUGCGCGCGGCGUCACGGCCACAGCCAAUACCCAACUUUUUUAA